AAUACAAAACAUAUAAAAAUAUUUGUGGAAGGUGCGGGAGGAUUGGUAAAUCAAUUAAUUUGCCUUUAGACUGUUAUAAUCUCUCUUAUGUUCAUGGUAAGGUUUGGAUUUGUCAGACCGUUCACAUCUCCACAGGACUUGCAGCCACUAUAUCAAAAGGCAAUGUCAGUGAGUUAACUUCCUAUGAAACUGGUCUAGUCACAGCUAAAGUUGGGCUCAUGGUCACAUUUCCUGUAGUAUUUCUAUAGCGUAUUCAGUCAAGCGGAGGAAGCAGACGGUAAAAGAAGCAGUGCGUUGAAAUUAGUUGCUGGUUUAGCCAGUGCAUACAAACCACGCUAUUUCACGCGCUGCAGCUUGUAUACAUUAAACGGCCGGGCUCAGUAUGUCUCUAACAGACACCAUCAAAUUAUGGGAUGAAGGCAUUACUGCAGCAGACCGCCAGGAGUGGCUAACCGCACUCAACCUGUUCACCACUAUACUCGAGCCCAGCUCCAAAAUCUGUUUCAACAUCGGCUGCCUGCAUCUCCUCCGCAGAGAAUGGAGCCAGGCUGAGAAGGCAUUUGAUAAAAGCAUCUGCAAGGACGAGCACUUGGCGGUUGCUUUCUAUCAACGCGGGAUAACUUUGUACAAAAAUGAAAAGUAUGAAGAGGCUUUGCGUGACUUUGUAGAAGCCCUUAACCGUCUGAGGGGGAAUCAGCUGAUUGACUACAACCAGUUGGGCCUCCGGUACAAGCUGUCCACUUGUCAAGUACUUCACAAUGUGGCGUUGGCACAUGCCACGAUGCAGAAUUGGGACAAAGCUGAAGAGGCUCUAAAGAAAGCUAUCAUUUUUAAAACCGAGGCCAAGCCUAAUUACGUGGAUCAAGCUCUGGAAUCUGUUUCGAAACGGGAGCUGUUUCACCUCUUGGAGCUCCCAGCAGGAGAACUCUUCAGACCAAAGAGGAAAGUAGUGGCCCAGCUGGAAAAACAGGACUUCCUGGGAGAGGCCAAGGUGGUAGCAUCGAUCAUCGACAAAGAUGCAUUCUCUGGUUUCGCUCCCCUGCAGCCUCAGGCACCGGACCAUAUUCCUGAAAAGAAAGCGCCAGAAAAAUUGAAGACACUGGAGGGUGUACCUCACCGCGUGCUGUUUAAUUUCCUCCCAAGUAACAAACAAGAGCUGGAGGUAAAGUGUGGAAAUAUAGUCUUCGUGCUGGAGAAAGGAGAGGACAACUGGGCCAGAGUUACAUUCAACAAUAAGAUUGGCUUGGUUCCCUGUAACUACUUGGAGCCGCUGGAAGCUGAAAAGGGUGAAAAAUCCCCCCCUGCUGAUAUUCCAGCACCACCGACAGAAUCUGCUCCAGAAAGACCAGUCAUUGUUCAAGAUGAGAAUCUACGCACCAAUACAAGCCAGCAGGUGACAGGAUCUUCAAAAAAGAACAAGGAUCAUUCGGUGCCUGUACCUUCCAUUGUUAAAGUGCACUUCAAGUACACAGUAGCUAUACGUGUCAAACCAGGGUUGUCACAUAAUGAGCUGUUGGCUGUUAUCAGUAAGAAGUUUCAAAUACCUGAGGAAAGACUUGGAUUAAGUUACAAGUCACAAGAGAGUGGGGAGCUCAUUCCCAUUACCAGUGAAGUGAAAAUGAAGAGUGCAUGGACUGAAGUCAGAAAUCAGCGUUUGACUAUUUGGUGCAAGUUUCUGGAGGUGGUCGCACUGUAUGAUUAUGAGGUCUCUGUGCCUGCUGACCUGGGUUUUCAUGAAGGAGACAUUAUCCAAGUCUUAGCACAUGUAAACAACAACUGGCUGGAAGGACAAUGCAAUGGAAAUACUGGCAUCUUCCCAGUGAAUUUUGUUAAAGAAUUAAGCACGGCCGAUAAGAAUAAUUCAGUAAUGUAAAAGAAAUUCUAAACGCGUGCGCUGAUUUCUGAAAUGGUCCUUUUUCUCGUCCGGCGUUACUAGAAUGCAUUGGAUUUUUAAAAUUGUUUUAUCCAAACACCGGAUUGUGUCUGGGUUCGUGACUGCUAUCAAAAAUAGAUUAAGAAAAAGCUGUUUUCUCUCAGGCUGUGUUUCAAGGCAAUGUCCCAACAUUUUGCAUCACUCAAAAUUGCACUGAUGUACAUUGUAGACUUUCUUGGACAACAACAUUUAACUGCUGGAAACAUCCUGCUUUCCCAAAACUGUUUGUUUUGAAUGCCUUUUGGUUAAUGUCUUAAUUAUGAACAAAGAACCUAUGUCCAAUUAUUUGAUUGCUCCACCAAUCAUUUUCUCAGGUGGCUAAGGUUAUCUAUCAACAAUUUUUACUUCGGAUGAAUCAAAGCUAAUUCCAAAAUAUUACACAAUAUAUCUUCAGUACAAUAAAUAAAUUAAUUUAAAGUUAAGAAAUUCAUAGGGGAUCAGAUUAAUUAUUUUACUUUCACUCACCAGUGUUCAAUUGCUGUUUCUGCUUUUUUUUUAAAAAAAAGACAUUUUUACAGCAUCACCUACUCUGACCUUUAAAUGACUGAUAUAAGAUGACAAAGUGUGAAGCUGGAUGAACACAGCAGGCCAAGCAGCAUCUCAGGAGCACAAAAGCUGAUGUUUCAGGCCUAGACCCUUCAUCAGAGAGUUCAUGCAUUCUAUUUAUUUUCAGGUCCAUGUAGGUAUUGGAUAUUACACAUUUUAAACAACUGUGGUCCCUCAAUGUCCAGCUCAAGAUGAGAGAAUAAAUUGACUGCUGAAAAGUCACUUGACUUUUAUAAUCACUAGAUUAUUCAAACUUCUUGAAAUUUCCAAAAUGGAUUAUAACAGACUCUUCUGAACAGCAGCUUUUCUGUGGAAGUCCAUCCUUUCCACUGUCAAGGUUUACUCUGAAACAUAAGGACAAUAAACCCUCUGUGCCUGGGUAACAAAAAAAACUCGUCACCUUUUCUCAGUGAACAGCUUUUAUUUACCUUCUAUUUUAUAUCAAUGACUUUUUUUGACAGCUGAUUGCAACUACUUUGAUUCCAUGGAAGAUAGCUUCCAUUAUGCAUUCAGGGGCACUCGUCAUGCAAUUGAAAUUACUUGGAUUAUGAAAUCCUUUUUAAUUAUGAAACAUUACCGGCUUUGAGGCUGCCUGUAAACUGACAGGAAGAACUCAACUGCAGGAAAAAAGGCUGCACCAUCCUGCCUCCUUCAACAAUGUGGCUCAAAGCUCAUUUGAAGCCUCUUUGAAUCUGUUUCAAGAACUCAGUUCACAUACAAAGCACCACAACUGUUAGCACCUGUCCUUCAUCCUGCUGAACAAUAUUUUAUUUUAAAGGAACUCAAUAAAUUCAUCUGGAUUCUGACUCCAGCCAUCUGAUCUUAACUCCAAAGUGGGAAAUCUCCUUCCUUCACAGAGUUGGUUUUAAUUUUUCCAAAGGUGCACUCCUUGCUUUAAUGGUUGCAUUUGCUGCCACUACAAAAUAUAUUCUGCCCAUAUCACUGCUAAAGAAUUUGCAGAUAGCUUCCUGUAAAGAUCAGGAUCAACCAUACCAUUUACCAUUUCUAACAAUUUCAGUACCAAUAAAAUGUAUUUUAAGAUUUUAUCAUCAGUGCAACUCAAUUAAAGUUAAUUCCAGGUUCACGAUCUGCUUGCUGUUCCACUCCCAACACUUGGUUAAUAUGUUGGUGAGCCCUGGCUUUGCCUCCCUUCUCAGCAAAUGAGCAAGAUGGUUGGAUGAAGCAGAGAGGGACUUGGAGGCUGAGCUGUUAGGGAGGUAAUAAAUGUGGCAGUGACUGGAAUGCUGAAUA